AGAGGACUGAGAGCAAGUCAUAUGGACCACUAGAUAAAACUCAGAUGGAUCUCUAAGUAGUCUGAAUGUCAUCCUUUGCCUGAGACUUCCAGAGAAGGCAAGGCAGGGCAGAGACAAAGAGCAAAAGUACAAAAUAGCUUCUGCAGUAUUUUGUCUGGAGGUGCAGUCAAGAUGAAUAAUUGGAGCUGCAUUCUUAUUGUUUCCAUUUUAACUACUUGGUGCUGCACAGAUGGUCAAACUACCGUCUGCAGAAAAGCUUCUGUUGCUGAUAUUGUGUUCAUGGUGGAUGGAUCAUGGAGUAUAGGACCGAACAACUUCAAAAUCAUUCAAGACUUUCUAUACACAUUGGUCAACAGUUUUGACAUUGGAGAAGAUAAAAUUCAAGUUGGGAUGAUUCAGUAUAGUGACAACCCCCACAAUGAGUUCUUUUUGAAUUUUUUCCAUCACAAAGAGGACAUUUUAAAGAAAAUACAAAAACUGAACUACAGAGGUGGGGGUACCUACACUGGAAAAAGUUUGAAGUUUAUGCUAGAUGAGCAGUUCAAUGAAAUGGCUGGAAGUCGACAUAGUGAAGGUGUUCCCCAAAUUGCAGUAGUGAUAACGGAUGGGCAAAGUCAAGACAACAUUUCUGGGCCAGCAGGAGAAGUCAAGAAUGCAGGCAUCACACUUUAUGCUAUAGGCAUCAAAGAUGCUAUUCUGUCUGAGCUUCAGGAAAUUGCUAGUGAUCCAGAUGAUACGCAUGUUUACAAUGUGGAGGAUUUUGCUGGCUUGCAAGGUGUCUCCCAACACAUACUCCAAGUGUUAUGUACUACUGUUGAGGAAGCCUCUCAACACAUCAUCCACAUUUCUCCAGCAUGCCGAAAAGCCACUGUGGCCGACAUUGUGUUUUUGGUGGACAGUUCAUCAAGCAUUGGUGUGGAGAAUUUUCAGAAGGUGAAAAAUUUUCUGUACACACUGAUUUCCAGCCUUCAUGUUGGUCACAACCAGGUCAGAAUUGGACUGGCCCAGUAUAGUGAUGAAAUCUUUGGAGAGUUUCAGCUAAACCAAUAUUCUUCAAAAAAUGAUAUUCUAGAACAAAUAGAGAAGUUGACCUUCCGGAUGGGAAGCACUUACACAGGUGCUGCUUUGGAUUUUAUCAAGGAAGAAUAUUUCACUGCAUUUUCUGGGAGCAGAAUUCAAGAGAACAUCCCACAAGUACUCAUCCUACUCACAGAUGGGGAAUCAAAUGAUGAAAUCAAGGUUCCAGCCCACAAAUUAAAAGAUGAAGGAAUCUUAGUUUAUGUGGUGGGGAUUGGGAUCCAGAACACUACUGAGCUUAUGAACAUUGCAAGCCAACCUUUUAACAAGUUUUUGUUUAAUAUUGACAAUUUUGAUAUCCUACAAGAACUUACCAGCAAUCUUCUUGAUACAAUGUGCUUUGCUUUGGAAAGCCAGAUUAAAGCAUUUACAAAGCGCUAUGCUGAUGUUGUUUUCCUUUUGGACUCCUCUGAAAGCAUGGGAUCCGCCAACUUUGAAAAAGUAAAAAAAAUCAUUGCCCAGAUCGUUGAACAACUAGACAUUGGCCCUAAAAAAUACCAGAUUGGCUUUGCACAGUACAGUGCAGGCGGGCAAGUGGAAUUUUUGCUGAACAGAUACAAGACGAAGGAAGAUAUUCUAAACCACAUUCAGAGCAGCACCAUAUUUAUGGGAGGCCCUCUGAGGACUGGCAGUGCUCUCCAAUUUUUGCGAGAAGUCUAUUUUAUUGAGAAAGCUGGAAGCCGCCUUAGCCAAGGAACACCACAAUUUGCAGUGAUUUUCUCCUCAGCUAAAUCUGAAGAUAAUGUCAAGAAAGCUGCAAAGGAUCUGAAGAAAAUGGGAGUGAAUAUUGCAACAGUUGGUAUCUUACAUUCUGACAAGAAAGAAAUGGAAAAGAUUGCUACCCCUCCUUUAGUUUACCAGGUUGAUGAUGUAGAGAGCCUUGAUCAGGUUCACGAGAUCAUCAUAGAUGUUGUGGAAGCACCAGUCCAGCGAGAGUAUGACGCUGCCGUAGAUGCACAUGUGCCAGCAGUUUGCUCCUCUGCCUCGGUGGCAGACAUUGUGUUUCUUGUGGAUGAAUCCACUCGCGUCGGUCAAAAGAACUUUCAACUAAUCAGGACUUUUCUGCUCAAAAUAAUCAAUGCUCUGGAAAUUGCCCCAGAUAAUGUACGAGUUGCCUUGGUACUUUACAGUGAUAAGCCAAGAUUAGAGUUCAGCCUGAAUAUGUUUGAAGACAAGUCAGAGGUUGUGAACUAUCUGAAAAGAUUGCCUUAUCGUGGGGGGAAAACACACACGGGUGCUGCUAUAGACUUCCUAAGGAAAAAGGUUUUCACCAAGAAAGCAGGGAGCAGGAAAAAUCAAGGAGUGCAGCAAUUGGCUGUAGUGAUCACAGAUGGUCAGUCUCUAGAUAAGUUCACUGGUCCUGCAUCCAAGCUUCGAAGGAAAGGUGUUACAGUUUAUGCCGUGGGCAUCAAAAACAUUUCAGUGAGUAGCCAGCUAUACAAAAUUGCAUCUCAUCCCCCAAGGAAGCAUGUUACCACCAUGGAAUCUUUCUUGCAACUAUCAAACUUGGAGUAUGUUAUAAAGAGACAGCUUUGCAAUGAAAUUGUUUCACAAACACUUGCAAUUCCAGUGCGGUUGCGUACCCUGAAGGAAGGCUGUGAAGAGACAGAGGAAGCAGACAUUUAUUUCUUGAUUGAUGGUUCUGGCAGUAUAGAACCACCUGAUUUCCAUGACAUGAAAGUCUUCAUGAUUGAACUGAUCAGCAUGUUCCAGGUUGGCCCUGAUCAAGUUCGUUUUGGGGUAGUUCAGUAUGGAAGUGUUCCCAAGAAAGAGUUUCUGAUUGACCAGUACCACACAGUGGCCCAAUUAAAGAAAGCCAUCAAAGCGAUCCAGCAAAUUGGUCAUGGUACUAGAACUGGAGAUGCUUUAUGGUACAUGCAGAAUCUGUUCAAAACUUCAGCCAGGGACAAGGUCCCCCAGUUCCUCAUUGUUGUUACAGAUGGUAAAUCCCAGGAUCAAGUGACCAAAGCUGCAGAAGAGCUGCGGAGUGCAGGGAUUGUUGUAUAUGCCAUAGGCAUCAAGAAUGCUAUAAAAGGAGAACUAGAAGAUAUAGCUGGGACCAAAGACCGGAUGUUUUUUGUGAAUGAUUUUGAUUCCCUAAAGCUCAUCAAACAUGAUAUUGUGCGGGAUAUUUGUUCUCCUGAGGCCUGUAAAAAUUUGAAAGCUGACAUAAUUUUGCUAAUUGAUACAUCAGAAAGCAUGACUCAUCUUGAAUUUGAACAGAUCAAGGAUUUCAUCGAGUUAAUUGUGAAUAAGUCUGAUGUUGGGGCUGAUAAGGUUCGGAUUGGGCUGCUCCAGUUUGGCUUCACUCCAGAAGAAGUUUUCCCACUGAACAAGUACAAUAACAAGGGUGACCUGAGGAAAGCAAUCACUACAAUGAGGCAGGUUCAGGAAGGAGCCAGAAUUGGAAAAGCUCUAGACUUUGCUUCCCCUUAUUUUGACUCAUCCGAAGGAAGACGUUUGGGUGUAAAACAAUAUUUGAUAGUGGUCACAGAUGAAGAAUCUAGCGAUGAUGUGAGAAGAGCAGCCAGAGCACUCAGGAAGAAAGGUGUUGUCAUCUAUGCCAUUGGAAUACUGAAAGCAAACAACUCCCAGCUUUUAGACAUUGCUGGCACUCAGGACAAAGUAUUUUUGGAGGAUUAUGUUGAGUCCCUCAUGUUUCUGGUUAAGCCGAUUCUGUUUGAAAUUUGCAACCCUGGGGAGGUAUGCAAGCGAACUGAAGUGGCUGACAUCAUCUUUGUAGUUCAUGGAUCCAGAGACGUUACAGAUCUGCAGUUCAAGGGGAUACAAUGGCUCAUGGAAGCAAUAGUGGAUGACUCUGUGGUGGGCAAAGACAAUGUUCAGUUUGGGGCUGUUGUCUUUGGCACUGAACCUAUAGCACAAUUUCAGCUAAACACAUAUUCCACAAAAUUUCAACUCAAGGAAGCCAUUCAAAAGCUGGCUCCUUUAAGAGAAUUCACCUUUACAGCAAGAGCUUUGAAUUUUGCAAGGGAACAAUUUGGUGCUGCUUAUGGUGGCCGUUCAUCAUUCCUAGGUAUCACAAAGAUCAUCGUCCUUAUCACAGAUGAACCAACAACACCCACAGAUAGACCUAAUCUCCCAGCAGCAGCUUGGGCUUUGAAGCAAGAAGGCAUCCAGGUCAUUGCUGUUGGGAUAGAUGAAGCUAGUAGAACAGAACUAGCAGAAAUAGUUGGUGAGAAUAGAAGAUGGUUUUUUACUCCAAGUUACAAUGCACUGGAAAGUUUAUAUCAAAACAUCACUUAUCUUAUAUGUGAUGAAUCAAAACCAGCUUGUGAUACUGACCAGGCAGAUCUUGUGUUUCUGAUCGAUGGCUCAAACAGCAUAUCAGGACAGAACUUUUCUAUUAUGAAGACCUUCAUGAAAGAAGUGGUUGAUAGCUUUAUCAUUGCAAAGGACAAAGUCCGGGUUGGAGUGGCUCAGUACAGCACAGAGCCUCAGAAAGAAUUUUAUCUCAAUGAAUUUUUUAAAGUUGCUGAAAUAAAAGAAAAGAUCGGUGCAAUUGAUCAGUUAAAAACUCGCACCUUCACGGGCCAGGGGCUGAAAUUUGUCAAGACCUUCUUUGAACCUGCCAAUGGUAGCCGAAAAAAUAUUGGGGUCCUGCAGUAUUUGAUUGUCAUCACAGAUGGGCACUCUGAUGACAAAGUGGAGGAGGCAGCCAUCGCUUUAAGGAAAGAUGGCAUCCAGGUUUUUGCAAUAGGUAUUGACGAUGUAAACUCUUUUGAACUCCUUAAAAUCACUGGCACUGCUGACAAAGUGUAUGUGUUGAAGGACUUUGAAGAAUUGCAAACUAUUAAGAGGAAGUUUGUGAAAGAGAUCUGUAACCCUGGUGAUCGACCUCCUCCAGAUUGUGACAUAGAUAUUUCUGUAGGGGUAGAUCUUUCUGAGCCUGCAAAUUCUCCAUCUGCAGCCCGUUUGAAGCAGAAAAUGCAGGCCUCCUUGCCCUGGAUCAUGCAACAAAUGAGUAUCGUAAACAAUAUCAGUUGUAUGGUAGCAUCUUCAGAUGACAUCAGGUUCAGGUACCAAGUGUACACAGAAAACGGACAGACUUUCUUUGACUCAGGUUUUGAAAGUUAUAGUGAUGAAAUCUUUCAGAAAUUCUGGGCUGUACAAACAACUGUGGAAACUCAUUUGACUGUGGACUUCCUGCAGUCUUUCUGGGACAGAUCCCUUAGUCCGGACUCUGCCAAAGUGAAGGUUCUUCUUGUGUUUUCUGAUGGACCCGAUGAUAAGAUAGACAUGCUUAAAACUACAGUGGAUGCUCUUCGUAGACAAGGACUAAAUGCAUUCUUGAUUAUUGGAUUAGAACAUUUUCCAGAAUAUCGUAAACUGCAAGAACUUGAGUUUGGUAGAGGAUUUGGUUAUCAGGAGCCUUUGUACUAUGGAAAUCCCGAACUCCCAAGCACAUUGAGAAGAGCACUUGACACUAUUAUAGAACGAGAAUGCUGUAAAGUUUGCUGCAAAUGUUUUGGGGAAGAUGGAAUUCAGGGGAUCCCUGGAUAUCCUGGAAAUAAGGGAAAGACAGGCUUUGAUGGGUAUCCAGGGUACCCAGGUGAAGAAGGAGGAAUUGGAAGCCGUGGUCCAAUGGGUUCUAAUGGAACACAAGGAGAAGCUGGAUGCUCUGGUGCUAGAGGUCUCAAGGGAGCAAGAGGAUAUAGAGGACAAAAGGGUGAAGUUGGUGAUGUCGGGCUUGAUGGUAUUGAUGGACAGGAGGGAGAACAAGGAUUUCCUGGAUCACAUGGACAAAAGGGCCAUUCAGGACGAAGGGGUACAGAAGGCCCUAGAGGAGAACCGGGUGAGCAUGGACAGCCUGGAGUAAGAGGAGACUAUGGGUUUCCUGGCUCUGACAACAAUGAUCCUGGUCUUCCUGGUAAUAGAGGAAACAUGGGGCCACAGGGAGAACCUGGAGCUGAUGGAGAACCAGGAGAAGCCGGCGAGAACGGUGCAACAGGUCCCAGUGGGCUAAGAGGUACUCCUGGCUCAGAGGGUGAACCAGGAAAUGAAGGAGAGCAAGGUUAUCCUGGGGAAGCAGGGAUACAAGGCCAACAGGGUGUUUCAGGGUCAAAAGGAAUACCUGGACCCCAGGGACUACAAGGCCUACCUGGCCAUCAGGGUAAUCCAGGAAUCAAAGGCGAAUCUGGCUCUGUAGGAAAAGUAGGCCGUGUGGGUCCAAAGGGCGAACAUGGUGAUCCUGGAGCAAAAGGGCAAAAGGGGCAACGCGGACCAAGAGGCUUUCCUGGAUUUGAUGGUAAGAAUGGCUAUGGCCUAUCAGGAAGAAAAGGCACAAAGGGAUUGACUGGAUCUCCUGGAAACCCUGGACGACAGGGAGAAGCUGGAGAUCCAGGCAGUCCUGCCAACAAAGGUGCCAAAGGAAUUCAAGGACAAAUGGGCAGGGACGGAACACCAGGGACAAACGGUGACCCCGGCAGUCAAGGGCCACCUGGAAAAAUGGGUCCAAAAGGUCCAAAAGGCAUAACUGCUAUGACGCCUUGUGAACUUGUGAACCUUACAAGAGGAAACUGUCCUUGCUGUACAGGCAUGAGCAAGUGUCCAGUUUACCCAACUGAAGUGGUGUUUGCUCUUGACAUGUCUGAAGAUGUUACUCCAGUUUCCUUUGAAAGGAUGAAAGACAUUAUGAAGUCUUUGCUGAAGAGUUUGCAGAUUAGCAAAAGCAAUUGCCCAACUGGUGCUCGGGUGUCAGUGCUUUCAUACAACACCAAUGUAAAGUACCUCAUCCGGUUCUCGGACUUCCAGAGAGAAGAUCUCCUUAUGGAGGCAGUACAGAGAAUUCCUUUGGAGAGAUCUUCAGGCCAACGGAAUAUCGGAAGGGUCAUGCGCUUUGUUGCCAGGAAUGCUUUUAAACGUUAUCGUCAAGGGGCCCUCAUUAAAAAAGUCGCUGUAUUCCUUACUGCUGGCCCAUCACAAGAUGCCACUUCCAUCAAUACAGCUGUGCUGGAAUUCAGCGCUUUAGAUAUUACCCCGGCAGUCAUUGCUUUAAGUGAAAUACCAAAUGUCAGAGAAGCAUUUUUGACAGAUGAUACUGGUCGAUUUAAGUUGUUUGUUUGGGAAUCCAGAGAGGAAGAGAGGUUGGAUUAUGUUUCCCUUUGUUCUCUCUGCUAUGAUCAGUGUAACCCUGUUCCACAAUGUGAAGUAGUGGAUCCUCCCCCUAUUAAUAUAAACAUGGAUAUAGCUUACAUCAUGGAUGGCUCUCGAGAUGUCAGCAAUGAGGAGUUUGAAACAAUGAAGGAAUUUGUGAGCAAUAUGUUGGAUUAUUUUGCUAUUGCUUCCCUGCCAGUUGAGUCAGACAGAGGGGCAAGGGUUGCCCUGGUGCAACAGGCUCCACGAAAUUUCAGAGAGACUGGAUUAUCAAGCCCAGUAACUGUAGAGUUUGACUUGACUACAUACAACACUAAAAAUCUGAUGAAAAUGCAUAUUCAGGAUUCUCUUCACCAACUGGAAGGUCCAUCAGCUUUGGGUCAUGCUCUAGAGUGGACCAUUAAUAAUGUGUUUUUGGAAGCCCAGAGACCAAGAAAACACAGGGUCAUUUUUACAAUACUUGGAAGUAAGACAAGCUCCUGGGACAGAGAGAAACUUAAAAAAAUGUCAUUGGAAGCCAAAUGCCAAGGAUUCACCAUGUUCACUUUGGCCCUUGGCAGUGAACCUGAUGAUACAGAAAUGACUGAACUCUCCAGUGUUCCAGUGGAACAGCACCUAUUACAGCUGGGCAGAGUUGAUAAACUUGAAUUGCCAUAUGCCCUGAGGUUUAGCCGGGCCUUCUUAAAUCUUUUGAAAAAGGAACUGAAUUAUUAUCCUGUAAAGCUGCAGGAAGAAUGUGAAAAGCUGGAUCGAGGAGACACCUAUCAGCAAGUUGUAGGGAUGACUGACAGGAUUAUGUUCCCUGAUUUGAAACACAGUGAUUUAUUGCAACCCUUAGAAUUAUCCAGGAAAAACAGACAAUACAAAAUUUUAGAGACCACCCAAAGACCAAUAGAAGAACAGUAUGAUCAAAUGGAAACUAAAUACCUCAGCAGCAUCAGUGUUCAAAAUGGGAAAGGGACAGAGACUGAAGAACAUUUUGAGAAAAUACAAAGAGCAAAGGAUGCUUGCUCAGUAGACAUGGACAAUGGUGAGUGUGAAGACUACACUCUGAAGUGGCACUAUGCUAAACAGUGGAAUAUGUGCUUCCAGUUCUGGUAUGGUGGCUGUGGUGGAAAUAAAAAUAGAUUUGAAACUCAAGAAGAAUGUGAUGCUUUAUGCGUGGUAUCAUUGUAGUGUGGAAAGUUAUAAACUGUAUUCCUAGCUAUGCACUAAAUCAGAAAGAGAUGGAAUCAACCAAAUACAAAUUCCCAGCUUCAGGUAAAACAGGUUUUUAAAUUCUCUGUUGCAGAGAGGAAGUUUGCACAACUCGUAUUUCCUUGAAUGUAGAUUUUAAACAACAAGCAUCCUUGUGGCAUUUUAAAGAUCAACAUUUUUUGGCAUUUUGAAGAUCAACAUAUGUGUUGUAAGCUUCCUAGUCCAUAUGAAUGUUUUCUGAUGAUUUUUUGUUUGUUUUUUGCUGAUAGACUAAAGUUACAAGCCUGUUUCCAAUUACCUUAAUAAAUCCUUUGCACUCAACGGAAUAUUGUGAAUACAGAGAUGUACUCAGAAUUGUAUUAUAAUACAAUGAGAUUUCUGUUUCAUUUUUUUAAAACCAUAAUACGUCCAUGGUUUCAGAGUAUCUACUUCGUGAAUAUUGAAAGAGUUAUGUGAUUGAACAAGGAACACUGAACAGGGAUAACAAAAUGAAUAAAACUUGAUAUUGCUUUAUAGCACCUAAAUGUAUACUUUGUUCAAAAGAAAAACAAAACAAAAUAUGGUAUUUCAGACAAUUGUACAUUUAGCUUUGGUAAAACUAAACUGGCAGAAAUGUUUUUUUUUUCCAAGAUGCAUGCAGAAUUUCAGUAUCUGCUAAAUGUGUAAGUGCAGCCAAUUCUUUGUAGUCCUGCUUUUUGUUAGAAAUAAAUACAAC